AUGCAUGAGGCAGUUGUGGGGGUUUCGGCGGCAAUUCAAGCGCGCAGCAUGUCUGACACGGAGCCGUUGCCGAGGUGCGUUUAUCACUGCGACUCGUUCGGAGGCAUCGGCCGUGGGUGCUGUGACGUCACGCUGACGUCAUCUUCCUCCUCACCUCCUUCCUCUGACAAUCAACAGCUGACGCGGACUAUAGAUACUGGCGUGUGGACCAUCACGUUUACCCAUGCUGUAGAUAGAAUUAUAUAA